UCCACAGACCACACACAAAAAAACCCAUAUAAAUUUUGAUUCGAUUUUUUGUACCAUAUAUUCUGCAUUAUCUUACCCAAGGGGAAAGGGGGGAGAAAAUUCUCUUCUUUGUCUUCACUGUGAAAAGGAGAAGACAGCUAUGGAGAGUCUCUCACCAAUCAAGAAAGGCCAUAGAUAAAGAUUAGGAGAAAAGCCCACAUUUUCAGUUGCUGCAAAAACUUUGUUCUUGACCAUGGGUAAGACGGAGGAUGAAGAGCCCUUACCCAUGGCUGCAGGGGGUGAGCUGACCCCACACCUUCGAAUGGGAAGCAGAAGAUGCUGCUGGAGAAUCAAUGGGUGGGUGAGUUACAGAUGCGUUUUUGCUCUGAUAUUUGGCACGGCUGUGCUGCUCUCUGCUGUUUUCUCGCUCCCAAUCUUCAACUCUGGAGAUCCGAAGGUUCUAGAUCUGGAUGAUAGGUUUGCAGGGUAUGAGAUAGUAGCAAGCUUUAUGCUCGAGAGACCAGUUUCACUCUUGGAGCAGUAUAUUUUGCAGCUUGAAAAUGAAAUUUUGGAUGAAAUAAGUGUUUCCAACACCAAAGUGAACAUACUCUCUUUAGAAUCCCCAGCCUUAUUAUCAUCAAACAAAACAAAGGUUUUUUUUGCUGUUGAUUCCAGUGUCAAAACUGUGGGCAUCUCCCCAACAGCCAAGACCAUAAUACACGACAAUUUUGAAUCAAUACUCGUUCAUCAGUCCACUUUGCACUUGACCACGGCUUCUCUAUUUGGGACCCCAUUCUCAUUCGAGGUUCUGAAAUUCAAAGGGGGGAUCACCGUCAGCCCUUCGCAACAGAAAGCUUUCCUCUUGCAGAAAGUUCUCAUCAGUUUCAACUUCACCUUGAACUUUUCCAUUGAAGAAAUACAAGUUUAUUUUGAUCAACUCACCCAACAACUUAAGUGGGGCUUACACCUUUCUCCAUACGAGAACUUGUAUAUCAGCUUGGUUAACGUAAGGGGUUCAACGGUGGACCCACCCACGAUUGUAAGGUCGCGAGUUGUUUUGGUGGUCGGGGUACCCUCGAGGUCGAGGGAGAAGCAGUUAGCCCAAGCGAUUACCGGUUCUCAUGCAAAAAAUCUUGGCCUGAAUAACACUGUGUUUGGUAGAGUCAAACAGGUCACCCUCUCUUCCACUACCAGUGUCAAUAGUGGCACCCCAUCACCUUCUCCAGCCCCCGUGCCUCAUAACCUCCACCCCUACCACCGCCAUCACCAUCACCAUCACCAUUCCAGUCCUGCUCCUUCAAUUGUACCAUCUCCAACGCAGAGAAAAAGUGUGCGUGUGAAUCGGAAGCCCUCACCAACACCUAUGCCGGUUCUUGAACCUGCACAUAGGCCCACUCCAUGUAAGAUUGGCCCAACAAGUCAUAUGCAGGCUGCUGCACCUCCUACCAAUUUGGAACCGAAUAAAAUUGCUCCAUCAGCAGCACCCAGUCUACAUGAGGAUCCUCCUCCCACAUCAGACCCACUGCCACAUGUAAUUUAUUCUCUUGUUCCUUCCCCAUUAUCGUCAUCAAGUCAUAGUGUUUCUGAUGCAGAACCCCCUGACAAGGCACAAUUUAUCUCGUAUUUCUCGUCAUCAGCAUCCACAGGUAGCCUUAAUUCGUCGUGCCUAUGGGCUCUCCUUUUCUUUUUAAUAGCUCUACAUGCAUAGCAACAUAACUAGAUGCAGAGAGAGUUCCACAAGAAACUAGCCCACCCUGCAAUUGUAAAAAAAAGAGCAGCUUCCACGAAUUAUUUCCUCAGCAAAGAGGAUGAAGGCUAAGAGGGCGGCGUGUUUGUACAUGUUUGUGUGUGCGUGUGUGUGUUUGUGUGUAAAUAGUAAUGAUAAAUUCAGCAGUAAGAUGCAUUUUCAGGUCAAAGUCGCAGAGGACAGGCCGGAGAGAAUGCGUUCUUGCUGAUGUAUGACUAUGAUCUCCUGCGUAACAUGGCAGAGUGAAAAAUUGAAUCAAGCAAAUGUACAAACCAACCAUUUUUGUUCCCAAUGUCUUUCCUGUCUUUGGCCCUAAUUUUCAGCACAGAAAUCGGUGAACUUGAUCUCUAUGAAUCCAUGAGUUGCCCUUAAAUUAUUUGUUUGUUAUUUGUACAGAACUGCAUGGGAGAGAAUUGUUUCUUUAGUUGUGAAUUUUCGAGGAGGUGGGAAGACUAAGAAUAAUGGGAAUCACUGGUC